AUGGAAAACGAAAAGUCUUAUACCGCAUUCGAAGCCGCCGGGAGGUUAUUUGAGUUCAACGUCAUCCCCUUUGGUGUUAAAAAUGGGGUAGCAGCCUUCCAGAGAGUCAUUGACCAAAUCAUAGAACAGGAGAAGCUCGAGGGGACUUUCGCCUAUCUUGACAAUAUUACAGUGGCGGGUGAGUCACAAGAAGAACAUGACGAGAAUGUGAAGAAGUUUCUAGACAUUGUAGAGAAAUAUAGUCUAACCCUCAACAAGGAGAAAACAGCGGGGCCUACUACCUCUAUUAAUAUCCUAGGCUACUUGGUCUCAAAAGGUCAGAUGAGACCUGAUCCAGACCGCAUGGAGCCCUUACUUAAACUGCCAUUGCCUAAGGACCCUGCUUCCUUGCAGAGAGCUCUCGGUUUGUUUUCAUACUACUCACGGUGGGUAGAAAAGUACUCAGAUAUGGUCCAGCCACUCAUUAAGGAACCCUCAUUUCCACUGUCAGAGACUUGUAAUACUGCUUUCGAGAGUAUUAAAUCAAAAAUCGCAAGUUCAUGUAUCGUGUGUCCCAAUGAUCGUGAUAAUCUCGUCCUUGAAUCAGAUGCUUCUGAGUUUGCCCUUUCCGUUAGUCUUAACCAAGGUGGUAAGCCUGUUGCAUUUUUCUCUAGGACCCUAAAAGCACAUGAACGCAGACACCACGCUGUGGAGAAGGAGGCCUGCGCUAUUGUUGAAGCAUGUCGAAAAUGGCAACAUUAUUUAGCAGGACGAAAAUUCACUCUCAUCACCGACCAACAGGCUAUCUCUUUCAUGUUUAGUCAUCAGACCCACGGGAAGAUCAAAAAUAAUAAGAUACAGCGCUGGAGGAUCGAGCUCUCCACCUUGGACUUUGAUAUCAAGUAUCGGCCCGGGCCCGAAAACGUCACAGCCGACUGCCUUUCGCGAGCCUACUGUUCAGCCCUCGCCUAUGGUUACCCUGACCUGGUUGAUAUUCAUGAAAAUCUCUGUCAUCCAGGUGUGGCCAGGUUAUAUCACUUUGUUAGGGUCAGAAACAUGCCUUUCUCCAUCGAUCAAGUCAAGAAAGUAACAGCUGAUUGUGGGGACUGUGCUAGGAUUAAGCCCAAGUUCAUCAGACCUCUAAACCCUCCGCUAAUAGAAGCUACAAAACCCCUGGACCGAAUUAGUAUUGAUUUCAAGGGACCCCUCCCAUCGAGCACAAAGAAUAAGUAUAUGCUGGUCAUCAUAGAUGAGUAUAGCCGGUUCCCCUUUGUCUACGCCUGCCCUAACAUGGAAUCUUCUACCAUAAUCAGAUGUUUAUCUAACUUGUUCUCUAUGUUUGGCACGGUAGGAUAUGUACACUCAGACAACGGCCCCUCCUUGAUAAGCAGUGAGCUCCGUAAAUUCUUCCUAGAUCACGGGGUAGGGUUUAGUAAUAGUUCGAAGUACAACCCCCGUGGUAAUAGCCAGGUUGAACGUUACAAUGGCGUCAUAUGGAAGGCUAUUCAGCUAGCACUAUCAAGCAAAAAGUUCCCUCUGACCCAUUGGGAGAUAGUCCUACCCGAGGUACUUCAUGCUCAAAGGACUCUGCUCUGUACGGCCACUAACCAGACUCCCCAUGAACGCCUUUUCUCCUUCCAAAGGAGAUCCGCUUCCGGAAAACCAGUCCCUUCUUGGCUAUUGACUCAAAAAAAAGUGCUGGCCAAGAGGCACGUCCGAAGGUCUAAGUAUGAUCCAUUAUGUGACGAGGUCGAUCUUGUCUCAGUCAACCCCGCAAAUGCUAGAGUCAGGUACCCAGGGGGCCGCGAGGACACUGUUUCGUUGAGGGACUUGGCACCUCUACCUGUCAGCGAAUCUAAUGCCGAAAACUCCACAGGAUCUGCUGUAAAGGAAAUACCCCCAGUUGCAGUGACCCCCUCUGUUACGGUCGCUCCAUCUACUCCCGCUCCCUCUAACCCUCCAACCUCCUCCUGUAUCCCUGAACCGUGUCAUCUCUCCGAACCCCCGCCGUUCAACUAG